UAUCACAAGACUUUGUUACUUUUUAUCGCUUUCGUGUUGUGUUUGGUUCUUGGAUUAUAGGUUAGCGUUUUUAGAAGUGUGAAGUGAAGAAAAUGAGUUUCAAAAGGCAAACAGCUAACAAAAUAAUCCUUCUAAACAAAAUCAAAGACUCCAGAGAUAUCUUAUUCGGUGCCUUUUCAGACAAAUUAACCAAACAAAAUAAGAUGUCAGCAUGGCAGGAAAUUCGCGAUUUUGCUGCUUCUCUAGGAGUGAUUUCUGAAAACAAAGAUUGGACCUAUGUUCGUGAUGUGGUGUGGCAAAAUCUGAAGAAAUCUACAAUGGGCAAAGUGGAUAAUUCCAAAAAAACUGGAGCAUCUGGUGGAAUUGAUGUCAAGCUGACGGACGUCGACAACAUCGUGCUCGACAUUGUGGGACGAGAUUCCCCAGUUGUGUGCAGUCUUGAUGUACCAGAAACGUGGGCCAUUGAACAAGAAUCUAGGGAAGUCCCUGUAAAUUCAAGUUUUCAUGCGAGUAGUAUGAUGGUCGAAGAUCUUUUGUUGACUCCUGCAAGUCUCGAUGAGGAUGGAGGAACUCCAACAAGUAAAGCUGCAAAGAGAAAACGCACCAACAAGUUUCAAGAAGAGGAAGCAUUUCUGCAAGAGAAGAGAAAACUUCAACUGGAAUUUCUUAAAGUGCAGAUAUACAAAACUAAAUUGGAUAUAAUGUACCGCGAACGACAGUUGAACUUGCAAUGUUCUGAAUUUACAAACAACAUUGAAAGUGUUGGUGAAAUUGAGGAAAAUGUUUUGUAUAAUGAAUGAUCCAGCCUAUUUUAUAUUAAUAUGUAUAUUUUUCAAUAUUGAUAGAGAGUAUUUUACAUUGUCCUUGCAAUAUUUUUAUAAAUAUAAUUUGUAUUUAUCUUUAUAUACUGUUGCUUAAUGAUCAAGGUAGAUAUAAAAUUUCAUGAUUGUAAAAUAAAAGUUUAUAUCACUAAUUUUUUGUUAAAUUUCAAUUACAGCACCUAUGUAUUCAUGUAGUUAAACUUUAAUUACAGCACGUAUGUACGCAUUCAUGUAUAGUAUUUGGUUUGCUAUGUAAGCUUUGCUAAAUUUGGUAAGAGCUUACUUUUCACAUAGUAUUAUAUGCAUUUAUUGUACUUAUAAAACAUUGUGCUGUGUAAAUAGUAAUAAUACACCAUUUCUUACAGUUUAACAAUUCUGUAAAGAACAGAACACUAUUGUUGAAUAUACAUCAUGUACUUUCAUUUUUAAGUUAUGUAGUUACAAAGAUUGUUAUGCAAUAAGGAUCUUCUUUGAAAAGCCUCACUCAAGUAAAUGAAAA